UCUAUGCCUGAAAACAUGUUUCACUAUAUAGUAUCAUAUAAGCAAACUUUCGUGUUGAUGCUGUAUACGAUAUUGUUUUUGGAGGUUCAUGCUGUUGAAGAUAUAUGCAAUAAGUGUUCUUGCAAUAUACCUGCCACAGUUGUAAACUGUCGAGGUCUCGGAUUAUCAUCAAUACCACAACCGAUUCCGACGACUGUUGAGGGUUUAUAUCUCAGUAGGAAUAAGAUCACAACCAUCCCACAAGGAUGCUUUCAAAAUCUUCCAAGGUUAAUCUACUUAGACCUCAGUAGGAAUAAUAUCACAACCAUCCCACAAGGAUCCUUUCAAAAUCUUCCAAGUUUACAGAGAUUAAUACUCUGGUCUAAUCAGAUCACAACCAUCCCACAAGGAUCCUUUCAAAAUCUUCCAAGUUUAAAGAGAUUAAGUCUCACUGGGAAUAAGAUCAGAACCAUCCCACAAGGAUCCUUUCAAAACCUUCCAAGUUUAAGCUUCUUAGGUCUCGGAGAGAAUCAGAUCACAACCAUACCACCAGGUGUAUUUCAAAAUCUUCCAAGUUUACAGAAAAUAUUUCUCAAUGAGAAUAAGAUCACAACAAUCCAACAAGGAUCCUUUCAAAAUCUUCCAAGUUUAAGCUUCUUAAAUUUCUGGUAUAAUCAGAUCACAACCAUCCAACAAGGAUCCUUUAAAAAUCUUCCAAGUUUACAGGAAAUAGGUCUCACUGGGAAUAAGAUCACAACCAUCCCACAAGGAUGCUUUCAAAAUCUUCCAAGUUUAGAGGAAAUAGAUCUCAGUGUGAAUAAAAUCAGAACCAUCCAACAAGGAUGCUUUCAAAAUCUUCCAAGUUUACAGAGAUUAAAUUUCGUGGAGAAUCAGAUCACAACCAUCCAACAAGGAGCCUUUCGAAAUCUUCCAAGUUUAAAGGAAAUAGAUCUCAAUGACAAUAAGAUCACAACCAUCCAACAAGGAUGCUUUCAAAAUCUUCCAAGUUUAGAGCAAAUAUAUCUCAAUGACAAUAAGAUCAGAACCAUCCCACAAGGAUCCUUUCAAAAUCUUCCAAGUUUAACCUACUUAAAUUUCUGGAAGAAUCAGAUCACAACCAUCCAACAAGGAGCCUUUCGAAAUCUUCCAAGUUUAAUCUUCUUAGAUCUCAGUAGGAAUAAUAUCACAACCAUCCCACAGGGAUCCUUUCAAAAUCUUCCAAGUUUACGGAAAUUAGAGUUGCAAGACAACCAAAUACAAAAGUAUGAAGAUGGCGCUUUCCUAUUCCUGUCCAGUAUAAAGAAAAUUAACCUCGAAAACAAUAAGAAUAUGACGUGUGGAUGUCACCUACCAGCCUUCGUAAGUCAUAUUAAAAAAGUAUAUAACAGAAAUGUGGAUGUCAUUGGCUCGUGUCAGGAGGCUACAGGCGCAACAAUCCGUAUACUGAAUUAUGCACAAUGUAAAGGUUAG